CGCCAUUUUGUACCGCAGAUUGGUGUGACAGGAUCCGUGACGAGCAGCUUCCAUCCUCGGAUUCGGGUUUAGUAACGCCUUUCUUUACCUAACCCUUCGUCUUCAGAACCCGGUAUCGGUUCAUUCGUGCGGUUCUGCUCUUGUCCAAAAGCAUUAAUCCGGUGACCAUUGGGUUUUUAAAGGUAAAAUCUGAGGAAUAAUGUCGUCAGGAAGCCCUGAAUAUUCGCCGUUCUUCGCAGUGAUGGGCGCAUCAGCAGCGAUGGUCUUCAGCGCGUUGGGCGCAGCAUAUGGCACAGCGAAAAGCGGCACCGGUAUCGCUGCCAUGUCAGUGAUGCGUCCAGAGCUGAUCAUGAAGUCCAUCAUUCCUGUCGUCAUGGCGGGAAUCAUCGCCAUUUACGGUCUGGUCGUUGCCGUCCUCAUUGCCAACAACAUUUCCGAAAAGAUCACUCUGUUCAAGAGUUUCUUGCAUCUGGGCGCAGGGCUCAGCGUUGGUCUGAGUGGACUGGCGGCCGGUUUCGCCAUCGGGAUCGUUGGAGACGCAGGCGUGCGAGGUACCGCCCAGCAGCCGCGCCUCUUCGUCGGCAUGAUCCUCAUUCUGAUCUUCGCAGAAGUCCUGGGUCUGUACGGCCUCAUCGUAGCUCUGAUUCUCUCUACCAAAUAAACUGGCAGUCGGCAUGCGGCGCUGCCCAACCAGACGAUGGGGACGUGGAACAAAAAAGUGGGAAGGGGAAAAAAUAUGAAACCUUAAACUAAAUCAAAAAUUAGAGGAAUUGAUGAAAUGAAAGGUGGGGGUUAAUCCCAAAUGUUAUAAGAGGCUCUUCACGUUUGGUUUCUAUCUGCAAUGUGUACAGUCGUCCCAGUUUGAUAGUUUUGAUUUCUUGUAAAUGCGGUAUAUAGUGAUAUCGUCCUGUGUCUGUGAACAAAUAUUAAUAAUGAAAGUAAUAGCUCUCUCUGUUUGUUUUCCACCCGACUUACCUAUCAUGCGUUCUCUUUCACUCCCUCUCUUUCACAUUAGACUGGGAAAUGUGCGAACGCUCGUGGUUCCCGUCUGUUCCCAUCACGUGAUUUAGGAGUUUUAUAAUUCUCCACAUUGAUGUCAAAGAAGUGUUUGUGACGUGGAAAAAAGAGCUGAUGAAUCUAUAUGUGGAAUGGAAUAGUUUUCGUUACCAUCCAUUUUUGUUUUCCACUGUUUUUAUUUAUAAAGAUAUGUGAAAAUGAGCUCCUCAAAUCUUCUGAAUGAUAUUUAUAUAUACGUAAAUAUAUAUACAGAGAUAUUUAAGAAUAGACCUGCACUGGCUGGGAUUCCUGUACGGUUAAAAAAUCUGGGUUUUCUGCCGAGUGUUGUAUCGGGGAGCGUUUCUGCUUGAUGUGUGUAUUUAUGGUUGUUUCCUGUGUAUAUCUGAUGUUUGGUUGUAUUAUUAAAGGUGUGCGUGUGCCCUUCGACGGGUGUCACAAGUGUAAUUUCCACA